AUGGCUUUCCUUCAGCUCUUCUCCUGCUUUGCCCUCAUUGCUGCAGCUUUGGGAUGUGGCGUCCCUGCCAUUGAGCCCAUGCUGUCUGGCCUGGCCAGAAUUGUCAAUGGUGAAGAUGCAGUUCCUGGUUCUUGGCCUUGGCAAGUGUCCCUGCAGAGAGGAGGUUCCCACUUCUGCGGGGGCUCCCUCAUCAGUGAGAACUGGGUGGUCACAGCUGCUCACUGUGGAGUCAAGACAACUGACAAGGUCGUUGCUGGAGAGUUUGACCUGCAGACUGAUGAUGGCAACACCCAGGUUCUGCAGAUUGCUGAGGUCUUCAAGAACAAAAAGUUUAACAUGAUCACUGUCAGUAAUGACAUCGCCCUGUUGAAGCUGGCUUCCCCUGCUCGACUCCUGGAGACUGUGUCCCCUGUUUGCCUGCCCAGUGCCAGUGAUGAUUUCCCUGCAGGCACCACCUGUGUCACUACUGGCUGGGGCAAGACCAAGUACAAUGCCCUCAGAGUCCCAGAUAAGCUGCAGCAGGCAGCUCUGCCCCUGGUGUCCACCGAAAAGUGCAAGGAGUUCUGGGGAAGCAAGAUCAAGGACACCAUGAUCUGCGCUGGAGCCAGUGGUGUUUCUUCCUGCAUGGGUGACUCUGGUGGCCCCCUGGUCUGCCUGAAAAAUGGUGCCUGGACCCUGACUGGUAUUGUCUCCUGGGGAAGUGGUACCUGCUCUACCACCACACCCGCUGUGUAUGCCCGGGUCACAGAGCUCCUCCCCUGGAUCGAGGAAACACUGGCCAACAACUGAGCUGCUCAGGGCAGAAGAAAACUUUUGUAACAAUCCCUUCCUCCCCACCUCCAAUAAA